AGCUAGAGUUUGUUAAUAGUUUUUGCUAAUUAUAUAUAAGAAAAAGAACUUAUUGGUAGGAUUCUUAAUCAAGUAAACUAUGAUCAAUGCCCAGACAUUUUUCGUGUCAAUUUAUAAAUGGCCUAACAUACGCCUGCCUGUAUGCUGUGUUACCAAUUUCAUUAUUUUUUAGCACGCAACCAUUGAAGGGUUAAUUUGAAGACCUCCUUUGACAAUACUCUCACUAUUUUGCUUAUUAUAGUAACACAAGACUAUUUUCUUCCAGAUAAUUCUGCUUUCCACAGCAUUCCAGGAUUUCAGGAUUUGGUGUUACUCAACAUGACUCAUGACCUGUAUGGUGUGGGAGCACCUGGUGCUCCUGUUGUGCUCAAAUGGGAUCCUAAAAACCUGGAAAUUCGCACCAUGUCGGUGGAGAGAACUUUGGAGCCAUUGGUGCUCCAGGUUACAACUCUGGUGAACACAAAAGGUCCAUCACAUAAGAAAAAAGGACGCAGCAAGCGAGCCCAUGUGCUUGUAGCAGCUGUAGAGGCAGCAACUGCCAACUUCAUCCAGCGGGGCGAGGAAAUUGCCUUCAAAAAUCCUGAUAUCAAAGUGGAAAUGCUGGCUGCCGUUGAGGAAGUUCGCAAAACUGGUGAAGUGAUGUCAGUAGGAGCUCGUGAGUUUGCUGAGGACCCGUGCAGCAGUGCCAAGCGCAGCAGCUUGGUGAGGGCAGCUCGUAACCUCCUCAGCGCUGUGACGCGGCUGCUAAUUCUUGCUGACAUGGUUGAUGUCCACAGGCUACUUAAAGGAUUACAGAUGGUGGAAGAUGACAUUGAGAAAGUCAAGAACGCGUCUAGCCAGUCAGAGCUGGUAGACAACUUCCGAGUGUUUGGCAAGAACACUUCAGAGCUGGUGAACCGAGCCGCCAAGCGGCAAGGGGAGCUUAAAGACCCAAGACUGAGGGAUGAUCUUGCCUCUGCACGAGCCGUCCUUAAGAAAAACUCCAUGAUGCUCCUCACUGCUUCUAAGGCAUAUGUCCGACACCCUGAGCUGGCAGCAGCUAAGGCCAACCGAGACUUCGUGGUGAAGCAAGUGUGUGAGGCAGUGGCGACCAUCAGCGACGUGGCGCAGGGCCGCUCUACUGGAGACUCUCAGAUGCCCUAUGAGGGGCCAGGGGAACUUGCUUCUGCUCUCGACGACUUUGAUGAGCGUAUUAACAUGGACCCCGUGACAUACAACGAAGUACGGACACGGCCUUCGCUGGAGGAGCGCCUAGAGAGCAUCAUCAGCGGAGCAGCGCUGAUGGCAGACUCCUUCUGCACGAGGGACGACAGGCGGCUGAAGAUAGUGGAGGAGUGCAAUGCUGUGAGGCAGGCUCUGCAGGACCUGCUUACCCAGUACAUGGAUAAUAUGGGCCGCAAACAGCCAAGUGAGGGCCUUGACAAAGCCAUUGAACACAUGUUUGGCAAGACCAAAGAUCUGCGGCGUCAGCUCCGCAAGGCUGUCGUAGACCACGUCUCUGACAGCUUCCUGGAGACAAACGUCCCUCUGCUGGUGCUGGUAGAAGCUGCUCGUUCAGGCAAUGAGAAAGAGGUCGACGAGUAUGCUCAGGUGUUUACGGAGCACGCGAACAAGCUCGUCGAGGUCGCUAACUUGGCGUGCACGAUGAGCAACAACGAAGACGGCGUCAAGAUGGUGCGCUUCGCGUCCGCCCACAUCGAGCAGCUCUGCCCGCAGGUCAUCAACGCCGCCCGCAUCCUCGCUGCCAGACCCAAGAGCAAGGUGACGGCAGAGAACAUGGACGCGUUCAAGGCGGCCUGGGAGCAUCAGGUGCGCAUCCUUACGGAUGCUGUUGACGACAUAACCACCAUUGAUGACUUCCUCGCCGUGUCUGAAUCUCAUAUCCUGGAGGACGUGAAGACCUGCGUUCGAGCCAUCAAUGAAGGCGACCCUGACACGCUGGACCGCAUCGCCGGGGCCAUACGUGGCCGCUCCUCACGCGUGUGUCACGUCGUCGCUGCUGAGAUGGACAACUACGAACCCUGCGUCUACACCGACAGGGUCCUGGAGGCUGUCAAGGUCCUCAGGGAUCAGGUGCUCCCGAACUUCGCCCAGCGCGUGGACGUGGCGGUGGAGGGCCUGACGUCAGGCGUGGGGGGCGGUGGGCGCGGCAAGGACGUCGACGAGAACGAGUUCGUGGACGCGUCGCACCUCGUCUACGACGGCGUCAGGGAGAUCCGCAUGGCCGUCCUCAUGAACAAAGCUGACGACGAGCUCGACCCUGACGACGUGCUCAUGGACGAGUACCACGCCCUCGAGAUGAGGAGCAAGUCAUCUGCCCACACGGUGGACACGACCAUCGACGAGUACCCUGGCGUUAGUGGCAUCACCACCGCUCGCGACGCCAUGAGGAACCUCAGUGAGGAGGACAAGGAGAAGAUCGCCACGCAGGUUGAGAACUUCCGGCUGGAGAAAGCCAAGUUCGACCAAGAAGUGGCCAAGUGGGACGACACGGGCAACGACAUCAUCGUUCUGGCCAAGCACAUGUGCAUGAUUAUGAUGGAGAUGACGGACUUCACGCGAGGUCGCGGUAACCUGAAGAUCACGAUGGAUGUGAUCAGCGCAGCUAAGAAGAUCAGUGAGGCGGGCACCAAGCUGGACAAACUGGCUCGGCAGAUUGCGGACCAAUGUCCGGAGUCCCGGACCAAAGACGACAUGUUGGCUUACCUCGACCGCAUCGCCCUCUACUGCCACCAGCUCAACAUCACUUCUAAAGUCAAGGCUGAUGUUCAGAACAUCUCCGGCGAGCUUAUUGUGUCUGGGCUGGACUCCGCCACGUCGCUGAUCCAGGCCGCGAAGAACCUCAUGAACGCCGUGGUGCUGACGGUCAAAUGCUCCUACGUCGCCUCCACCAAGUACCCUCGCCAUCAGAGGGACAUGAUUGCCUCGCCCAUCGUGGUGUGGAAGAUGAAGGCCCCUGAGAAGAAGCCUUUGGUGCGCCGAGAGAAGUCCGAAGACGUGCGCGCCAAGGUGCGCAAGGGUGCCUCAAAGAAAGGCGUCUCCGCCAUCAAGGCGCUCUCUGAGUUCUCCAGCCCCGCCGACGCCAUUUAAAUUCCGCGCGAAAUUUUAUACUAGUUACUGUCGAAUUUUUGUUUGAAUCCAGUAGAAUAUGUUGUGUUCUAUUUCUAUUCCGUCUGAAACUAGAUCUAUUCCGUUGAGUUCAGUAACAUGCAUUCCUCAGCUAAUGUCUGUAUGAGA